AAACCCUCGUCAUCUUCUCUAACAAUGGAGAAUUCUCCUCUGAAACCAAGGACGAUCCUUCUCAAUGCUGCUUUUGAAGGCGAUCUCGAACGACUCAAAAAAAGUGCGUCAGAAGUAGACAGUGUAGAUGGAGAUGGAUUAGCAACAGUAUUUAGGAAUACUAAAGAUGAAGAUGGUAGAUGUGCUCUUCAUCAUGCUGCUGCUGGAGGGAAAUUAGAUGUUCUCAAGUACUUAAUUGAAGAGAUUAAACUUAUUGAUGAUAUAGAUGUUAAAGAUAAUUCAGGCGGAACUCCCCUGUCCUGUGCAGCUAUGAAUGGACGUAUGGCAGCUGUAUCAUAUCUUCGGAGAAUCGGUGCCAAUCCUGAAAUAGCAAAUAACAAAAAUAUUACUCCUUUGCAUCAUGACGCUAUGAAUGGUAGCUUAUUUUUAUACAAUUGAUCUGUUAGAUUUUUUCCUUGA